UAAUUGGGGGCCACCACUGUUUUCAAUUUGAAUUAGAGGAAACUCCUGCCUAGACCUCGAUCUAUCAUAGAUUAAAGUUUAUGGAUUCAAAAUAUGGUUGACUGGAUUUGGGUAAGAUAAAUCCUUGAUGGAUGGAAAGGCCUAUAUAAGAAAUAGAACUCCGUUUAUAAGAAAAGAAAAGAAUCCAUUAUUGUUUGCAGGGAAGUUCCUAGUAACUUCUACUUGGUAGCUGCUCACUGGUGUAAUUUGUGUUCUGAUACUAUAAAUUGCCUUGCUUCCUUUCACAAACACAACCCUUUUGUCUCUGUUCCUUCCAUUCCUUGGUUUUUCCCUGGAAAUUACCAUCUGUUACUUUCUGUCAAGCUCUUAAAACUUGCUUGCAUUGGAAGUACUUUUGAUUCUGUAAUUGCAACAGAAGUCUCUUUUAGAUCCUUUUUUUUUCAUAAUACCAAAAAAUGGGGGUUGGAGGUACUUUUGAGUAUUUAUCUGAUUUGGUGGGAAGUAGUGGCCAUAAACACAAGAAGAAGAAGCAAUUACAGACUGUAGAGCUCAAGGUCAGAAUGGACUGUGAUGGCUGUGAGCUCAAGGUCAAGAAUGCCCUUUCUUCAUUAAGUGGAGUUAAAAAGGUAGAGAUAAACAGGAAACAACAGAAGGUUACUGUAACUGGGUAUGUCGAUUCAAACAAGGUAUUGAAGAAGGCCAAAUCAACAGGAAAAAAGGCUGAGAUUUGGCCUUAUGUUCCUUACAAUUUAGUGGCACAGCCUUACGUUGCUAAGGCUUAUGACAAGAAGGCACCUCCAGGCUAUGUCAGGAAUGUAGAAAGCACUGCAACUACGGGCACUGUAACCAGAUAUGAGGACCCUUACAUCUCCAUGUUCAGUGAUGACAACCCAAAUGCCUGCUCUAUCAUGUAAUGCACUCUGAACAAAAUAGUACAAUUUCUGUCUAUUUAUCUGCCUACUCUUCUCAUGAGUCUACCAGGACACCAUUGUAAAAUUCCCAUGUAUUUUUUUUUCUUUUUCAUUUUGUUUGGGAUUUUAAUAUUAUAUUUCAUGAAUGUAACCAGUGAGCAGAAUGGUGAGCUCAUGAAUGUUUUCUUGCUUUGCUCUCUGGUCUGGACCUGUUCUGGUUUUACCCAUUUUGGUCUUUUUGAAUGGUCCCAAUCAGUAUUCUGUAAUUUUGCUGGGAGUGGUUUCUGGUGGACCAAAUGCCAAAUUUUUUUAAAUUUGGGUUCAGGUAUUCGAUAGUGAAAUCUAAAUCCCGUGUUAUGACUUA